UCUAGACUUCUAGAUUUCAGAUAAAAAAUAUUUCCUGAGCCAAAGAUAUCUUAUUUUACUGUACCAAUAAUGCAGAGAUGUAGGUUUUGUUUCUACAAGUUUCAGUCCUGUCUGAAAUAGAAACGCUGUGGCGGCUUAGUUGUAUCCCAAAUGAACACAGUGUCUCUGGUUUGGUUCCGGCGGGCGACUUGUGUUUCCUGUCUUCCCCUCUGUUUCCCCCACAUUUCCUGUAUGCAUCCAAUCUCAAGUAUCUAGCAAUGGCAAGCAGCUAUUUGUUGUGAACUGACGUCAUUCGCAAAAAGAGAAGCUUCUAAUGGACCUACAGUACUAAAUGCUACUCUGACAAAACAAGACAAUUUUAAAAGACAAGACCCAAAAUUCACACGAGGAAGAACUGCAUUUUGAAAUAAUGACAUGUACAAACUCAGGUGCUCGGGCCUUUCUGGAGCAACGAACAUGGAAAAUAAAUAUACUCUGUAUCAAUUAUCCUGUCAUUUCUAGACAGGGUCAGUCACCAGCUGAGAGAUUUCUGAAACCAAACAACACACUGAGUUUAAUAGCAUUGCACUGUGACGUUUCCUGGACAGGAUAGAGGUAAAUAUGUGCUAGGUUAUAGUGUAUCACUGUCAAAAAAGGAAAAGAGUCUUAAGUCACUGGUUCAGUAAUGUCCCUUAUCAAGCUUUAAGGGAAAGUUCACCACAACAUGAAACUGCUCACAACAAGGACUGUGGAGUAUCAUGCAAAGCUGGGUCACAAUCUCUUUUUUCAAAUGCAUUAAUUUGUGCUUUGAACACCACAAGCGGUCUGUAGAGACGCCUGCCUUCAGACAUCUCUACAGCCGAUAUCCUCCAAAAAAAUCUUCAGCUCACACUAAAACAAUCUAGAUUGAUAAAUAGCAGCACAAGUGGAAAAAUAUGUAUUUUAGAAUUAUUGUUUAAACUCCCCCUUUAAGUUAACAAAGUGAGCUGGUUAAAGGAACAGUUUGAAUUGUUUCCAAAGCCUGAAACAGUGGCAUUGGUUCUCGAGGCAGACUGGACUAAAGCAUUUGCCUAUCUGCUGCUGAAUGUUCCACUGCCCCAUUUGCAUGCAGGUCUACGUACAGUACACACGGACUGUAGUUGCAGUUUGCGUCGGUUUGCGUCACACCCAACUUCCUCUUUUUCUGUGGUUAGUUCAGCAUGAUGUUGUGACGCGUGUCACCAACCUCAUGUCAGACUUCUGCCGUAUAUAUAUUUAAGUUGACUCCAGUGGAUUCAUCGAACAGACACAGUCACAGAUCUCACAACUCUCGAAGAGCAUCCCAACGCGGUCACACAUAGAACGUAUUGUUGCAAUGCCGAGACUCGUUACAUCACCACCACGGGAGCUGCAGCAUCUCGACAUGGACAUUGGUUACAAAAAGAGGGCAGGAAACCUGAAGUCUCGGCUGAAGUGUAGAUCGUCUCAAGCCGCUAACACUGAGGGGCUUUGUUAUGAGGAGAUGUCCCAGUGGUCACACUCACUCGAGAGCCUUCUAUCAUCCAAAUAUGGCAUGAAGAUAUUCCAGGCCUUCUUGAAGUCAGAGUUCAGUGAUGAAAACAUUGAGUUUUGGCUGGUGUGUGAGGACUAUAAGAAGAUCAAGUCUUCCUUCAGGAUGUCCUCCAGGGCCAAAAAGAUCUUCAAGCGCUAUAUUCAAGCUGAGGCUCCGAGAGAAAUCAACAUUGAUCAAAAGACCAGAGAGCUGAGCUGGCGGAACAUGAAGACGCCCACCACCGUGUGCUUCGAGGAUGCCCAGAGGAUCGUCUACGGGCUAAUGGAGAGGGACUCUUACCCACGUUUCCUCAGGUCUGACAUCUAUCAGGCUCUACUGGACUCCACCUCAGAAUCAGUUAAGAUGUAAAGAAAACACAUCCCACAGACAUGCUCUUUGUAGAAGCUGUACUGUAAAGCUGAGCCCAAUGCAGGACUACCUGAGAGAAGCUGUGGGUUUGCUUGUCUUGGCUACACCGGUGGUGAGUCUUCAACAGAAGCCCCAAAACAUGUAUUGAACAGGCAUGCUUUCCUUCUGAGGUGGAGAAGACAUGCUUCGGGGUUGGCCAAUGCCUCAUAGGACUGUGUCAGAGAGGAGAAGAUAACUCUGUCGUGAAAAAAAGCUGAAGACGGUUUGUUCAGAACCAGCUGGUGUCAUGAAAAGAGACUGAUAGAGGCCAGAAAUGGUUACUGGCGUACAUUAUCAGAUCUUGUGAUCACCGCUGUAAAGAAAAGGUCUUCCCAAAUAUGCUGCAAUGAUGUCGUGAAAAUGCGAGGGACUUUCUGUACAAGAUGCCAGGAAGUUUACGUGGUGCAAACAACACCCUCCAGCCCAGAAACAAGUGCUUGAUUUAAAGAUUGCACACAUCUUAAGUUGUAUUGUUGUCUCACUAAAGCAAUAGAAAAGUAUGCUCUCAUGAUGUGUAUUUUUAUGGACAGUGUUUUGAAUUACAUUUGUUUUACAUUCUGACAACGAUACUGUCGCACACUGAAAUAACUGAUAUGUUACAAUUAUAAUAAUUUGUAAUAAGCUAUAUGUAUUUCACAGUUUGUGAGAAUGAUAAGAGAAUGAGGAGAGGUGAAUGUGUACAUAUUUGAUAAUAAACUAUAUAUUUGCUUUUAAA